AUGCAGGCUCUUGUAGGCGCCGAAACAGGUGGCUAUCGUCUUGCCGACAACGUCGAAAAGCCUGUUCUCCAACCAGGCUCCAUACUCUGUCAUGUCAAGGCGGUCGCACUCAACCCACACGAUGCGAAGAUCGUUGACUACUCCAACGUCCCUGGGGCGCUUGGCGGUUGCGAUUUUGCCGGUGUCGUUGUUGAGAUUGGCAACGGCGUGAAACGUUUCAAAGAAGGUGAUCGUGUAUUUGCUGUCACGUUCGGUAUGAAUGCCUCAGACAAGACUGCCGGUGCCUUCACUCAGUACGCUGUGGCAACUGAGGACUUGAGCUGCCUCAUCCCAGAAGCCAUGUCAUUCACCGAGGCAUGUUCAAUGGGACUCGCCAUUGCUACCGCUGGCUUGGCGCUCUUCCAAACUCCCGGCUUGCAACUGUCUAUGCAAGGUGGUAACGGUGAAGCUGUGCUUGUCUCGGGAGGAGCCACGGCCACAGGUACCAUGGCAAUUCAGUUUCUGAGGAUAGCGGGUUAUACACCCGUAGUUACCUGUUCUCCCUCAAACAAUGCUUUAUGCGAGUCAUUUGGUGCUGAAAUAUGUUUCGAUUAUCAUUCACCCACUUGCGGUGCUGAUAUUCGUGUACAAACUGGUAACAAACUCCGACACGUCCUCGAUUGCGUUGUAGACAUCAGCACCAUGAAAAUGAGCUAUGACGCGAUCGGCUCCUCAGGAGGUGCAUAUGUCGCACUAGAGGCCAUUCCCACCAAUAUCAAGUACACACGCAGAGACAUUUGUGCUAAUUGGCUGAUGGCUCCUUCGAUCCUUGGAACUCCUGUUAACAAGAAGGGAGCAUAUGGAAGACCAAGUAUGCCCGAGCACAGACAGUUUGGGACAUACUUGUUUGCUUUGGCAGAGAAGUGGUUACAAGACGGGAGUAUCAAGCAUCAUCCAAUUGAAAUUAGAGAAGGAGGCUUGAGAAGCAUUCGUGAGGGUAUCGAUGACCUGAGACGUGGAAACGUGCAUGCCAAGAAGCUUGUAUACCCGUUAUCGGCCUAG